GUCGACCACUACAUUAAAAGCAAGAUGGUUUGGGUUUGAAUCUGAUGAUAUGGCCGAACACGUGACUUACAGUAUUGGUAUUGGUUCACAACCACUUGUUAGUGAUAUAAAAGAUGAAAACGUUGGCAGUAAGACCCAGCAUACGUUUCUCGGGAUUAAUUUACAGCUGCACAAGACAUACUUUGUAACGGUAACAGCUAGGAGUGACGCUGGAACAAGAAAGGCAUCGUCUAAUGGUAUCACUAUAGUUCAGAAAAAUGUUAACCUGAAUAAUGAAGUUCGGAUAAAAGAUGGCUCUAAUUGUCAGCAAAAGGAAAGACUAUCCUGGCUACCAAACCACCAUUCGCAACAGAAUUCAAGCUCAGAUUGUGAGUCGGAUAUUGACUAUCAAAUAUCAACAUCUUAUUACAUGGCACAUUGGACAAUAUCAAAUGCAUAUAAACAUAUGUAUCCUGAUAUUAAAUGGACGUUACAAAUGAGACAGAAAAACACAGAGGAUAUAUGGCACAAUGUAGAAGAUAAGAAGUUUCUAUCAAAUUCUGGUCAAAUCUUCCAACCAGUAGCAUUAGAUUAUUGUAAAACAUAUAGAAGUAGUGUGAGGUUCUGUUCGGGUGAAGUUUGUUCUCAACCUGUAGUCAGUAAUGGUGUAACAGUGUUGAGCAAACCUGAUAUGCCACAUAUAGAUAUACUCCACAAAAAGAUGCAUGGUUCCCAGUUAGAUGUUAGCUUGACUUACAAGAGUAAUACCGAAGAUAAAGUGUGUUCUGUGGAGUCUACCAUAGAUAAAUAUAUGUGGAGUAUAACAGAUAAUAAACAUAAUAGUCAUUUGUUUACUAAAUGGAGUAAAGUAAACAAUGUGCAGAAAAUCAGCGAGACAAUGUUUCAGUUUAGAAUUAAUUUAGAUGGUGAAGUUGAUUUUAGUGAAUGCAGAAGAUUGGCUGUAAGAAUAUUUAAUAAAGCUCGUUUAUCAACAAUAAUAUCGUCGGAUAUUAAAAACUGUUCAUCUGUAGAUCCGGUAUUAAUUAUACCGGCUAUUGUUGUAGAUGCUAUAGGACAGCCAUUAAAUAACGAUCCCAACACAAAUGAACUAGGAACAUCCAUUUCUCUGGAUCAGAACGCAAUCUGGUCUACACCAGAUGUGGACUAUACACCUUAUAAAAAUAUUAUAUCAGCCGUAUGGCCCACAUUAAGACAUAGAAACUAUACUUGGGGUUUACUGGAAGACCCAGCAUUCUCUACUCUAACACAUUUUACUCAACCGAAGAUAACGAUAAGAGAUCCUUGUUCACAUCCAGAUGUUAUUCAGUGUGGACAAACCGAAAACGAAUACAUCAAUGUGUUAACUCAAAAUACUUUAAAACACGGAAGGCGGUAUUAUAUCUGUAUCCAUGCGGAUGCUGUUGUUGCUGGUCAUGAAAAAUGGACGGAAGAUUUGGAAGAAGUAAACGCAUGUAGUGAUGGAGUAACUGUUGAUUUGACUCCACCAAAUGGUGGUCGGGUGUGGGUGGAGAACUUGGAAGAUUUUAAAUACCAGUCAUCCGACAAUGAUGUAGCUGUCUACUGGGAUAGUUUUCUUGACGUAGAGGAAAAUGGUGGAAAAACUGUUCAUCCAAGUGGAAUAUCAAAAUAUCAUUUAUAUAUCGGUUCUAUACAGGGAGGUGAAGAUAUUGUAACUAAACAUAAUGUUGGUUUGAUAAAUCAUAAAAUAUUCCACCAUCUUUCUUUACAAAAUGGCCACACUUAUUACGUCACUAUAGAAGCAAUUGAUUUUGUAAACAGGACAAAAACCGUUUCAUCUGAAGGUUUCAUUAUUGAUAAUAGUCCACCAGAAACUACAUCUAAACCUAUACAAUUUACUAAUACAUAUAUACAGUCAAAUGAUGUAUUGUCUGCGUGUUGGAGUGGAUCAUUUAAAGACACUGAAAGUGGUAUAAGUCAGUAUCGGUGGGCAGUCGGUACUAGACCAGGCCAUGAAAACAUUAGGGAAUAUAUGAUAACAGAUAAUGAUUGUGAUGAAGCGAAUGUAGAACAAAAAUUGCAAGAUGGACACGUUUAUUACGUCACAGUUCAGGCCAUUAAUGGUGCAGGGUUAUCUACUACAUUAAUAUCUCGUCCAGUGACAGUAGACACAACUCCUCCUACCACAGGACAUGUCAUCGAUAUUCUUAAUACAAACUAUACCGGAGAUGACGUAGAUUAUAUAACUAACCAAUCACCAUUUUCUGUUAGAUGGCAAGGAUUCCAUGAUCCCCAUUCAUCAAUGCAAUACUAUACUGUUAAAGUUGGUACCUGUGCUGAUUGUGAUGACAUAAUUCCAGAAAUCAAAACAGGAAUAUCUACACAUUUUACCUUUCCAACGUCCAAAUUUACUCCUGGAACAAAAUAUAUCACCACGGUAACAGGGUGCAAUAUGGCUGACAUGUGUACGUCGGCCAUUUCUGACGGGGUAAUAAUUGACGUGACAUCACCGGACGUGGGACGAGUUUUAGAUGGAACGAAAGAUUUAGAUGUAGAAUUCCAAGCAACCAGAAACUUUGUUGGUGCCAAAUGGCAUGGGUUUAAAGAUGCACAAUCUGGUAUAGCGAGAUAUGAAUGGAGAGUAGGAACAACCAUUGGAGGCGAAGAGUUACUUAGCCCUCAAGUUUUACCAGUGGUCGAACUGGCCUAUAGAUCUAAUUUACCUGAUAAUAAGCUAUUGCCUAUUGAUACUAGAAUUUAUAUUACUGUUAGAUGUUACAAUAAAGCAGGUUUAUACAGCGAAGUUACAUCAAAUGGUUUUAAGAUCGAUACAACAUUACCAGUUGUAGUACAAAGGGCAGCCUCCGUCUCAUCGUUUAGUUCUGUUUUACCUUCAACUACCAUAUCAAAAUCUAGUAUUAAAAUUGAAUGGAAGUUUACUGAUGAUGAAUCAGAUAUAGAAAGACAAUACAUUUCUAUUUCACCUCAUUUAUUGGGAGAUUUUAAUUCUUCAGCUAUGGAGAUUCCUAGUACGGUAACAGAGUUUGCGUUUUCUGGUCUAGCUCUACACGACGGUAGUAAAUAUAAAGUUAAAGUGAUUGGUUGUAAUUUAGCUGGUUUGUGCCAGUCGAGUGUUACAGAUGAUAUAACAGUUGAUUCUACACCACCUACCAGAGGUAUGUUUGCUAUUGAUACUGACCACGCCGCUAACUUAAACAGAGAUAUGAAUAACUGGAACCACUGGUCUUCUACGUCUAUUAAGUUAGCAUGGUUGGGAUUUGCCGAUCUACAUACUGGUAUAACCGAGUAUAAAGUCAGUGUUGGGACCAAACCUUUCUUUACCGAUCUCAACCAGGGCGAUCAACAAACCACGUUUCAACAUGUGGCUGGAGAUAAUUUUAAUGAUGAAGGAGUGGUACAAUCAGUUACAAUAACUACCAAGACACUUCAUAUGGGCAAUUCUGUUUUCAUAUCUGUAUGGGCUGUUAACGGGGUUGGAUUAAAAAGUCAACCUGCUCAUUCUGAAUUUGAACUUGUAGAAGGAGGAAUGUUAGAUUUAGUCAGGAGAUGUCAACCGUAUAAUUGUCUUGGACAUUGUGUUUGUGCUGCACAAGACAAAACAUGUUCAGAUGCUGACAACUGUAGAGACAUCUCAACAGGGAAUCCAAAUAACAUUAUCCAAGUUACUGACAUGACUAAUUUGAUGUCAUCUGAUGCUACACAGUCUUACUACACAUCGUCUGAUAAUUUUCUAGCUGCCAGAUGGAGGAUAAUAAACCCACAAGGUAUCUCUCCUAUAAGAUAUGAAUGCAGUGCUGGAAAUUCCGGUGAAAAUUCACCCAGUGGAAUAUAUGACACUGAUACAGAAAGGACAUGGUUUGAUGUUGGUGAAAAUACCGAAACUAUAAUUACUUUACCUACAGCUAAAGUUUUAGAUAAGUCUGUGCCAUAUAGUGUAUUUGUGAGGGUAUGGUAUAAUGCAAAUCAAUAUGCGAUAUUUAAGUCUCCUGGUAUUACACCACUGACGUCUGCUCCUAGUGUCAGUCACAUAGCGGGUGCUGCUAUAAAAGAAUUAGAAACUAUAUUAAGUGUUAACGAUUUAGAUUACCAAACAUCAAGCAAUCAGAUUAUUAUUGGUUGGAAGAAUAAAUUUAGAGGAGGAAUAUACGGAUUCGAUUAUUUUAAGCCUUAUAUAAGCACUCAUCCACAAGGCCACAACGUUCAUCAGUCAUCUACAAGAGUACCUGGAAAUACUAGUAUCUAUACAGCUACUAAUCUAAAUCUACAAGAGAAUAGAGAAUAUUAUAGUACUGUACUAGCUUAUAAUAAAGCAGGAUUAUUGAGCUGGGCCAAUAGUGAUGGAAUAUUAAUAGACAAUACAACUCCCACUUCCGGUAUUAUACAUGAUGGUAAUGAUAUAUAUGAUAAAGAUUACCAAAACGCUACAAAAGUUAUAUCAUCAUCGUGGUAUGGUUUUACUGAUAGUGGUACUGGUAUAGUUAAAUAUUACUGGUGUAUUGGUACUGGUAUUAGUACUACAGAUUGUAAUAUACACGACUGGAAGGCUGUAGGAUUAAAUACUAGAGUGUCUGUAAACCUAACCUCACCUUUAAAUCAUGGUAUGAAAAUUUAUAAUAAAGUGUAUGCUGUAGAUGGAAGUGGGUUGGAAUCUGAUGUAGCAGUGUCUGAUGGUAUUACAAUUGAUACCACACCCCCAGUACCGGUUGAUAUAGAAUAUAUUGGAGAAAAUCUCAUCGCCAAUCCAUCAUUUGAAGAAGGCGUGACGGAAUCAAAUAAGGAAUGUGAUGACCAACCACCAGCUCGUUGGCAUAUUAACUCCACCUCGUGUAUUAAGAUCAUCCAAUCACAACCUUCCGUUUCAAAAGAGGGUGGAGCCUAUAUUAAAGUGAAAGGUCAUAUUCAACAAACAGUUUUUGAUUUAAACCCCCAAAGUGCUUAUCAUGUUAUAGUACAUGUUGGAUAUCCACAUGAUGUUAGCAUUCAGCAUCACAACGUGGAAGGUUUUGUGCAAUUCGGACAAGAAACUCACACAUUCAGCCUUGACCCAGAACGAUGUCAGGGGAUAUGUGACAUUGACCAACAGCCAUUAAUAUUAUGGAAUAAAUUUACUUAUGUAUUCCAUCCAAGAGAAGCAAGAGAAGUGAUAAGAAUUGGUACAAGUAAAUUACAUAUGAUAUUAGCUGUAGAUGAUGUAUAUGUACAACAAGUUAAUUAUAUAGAUAUAACAAGUGACUCUAAUCAUUUAAUACAUCAUACAGUGUUUAGACCUUAUUGGUCAUCUCUUCAUCUUACCUGGCAUUUUAAAGAUGAUCAAAGUCCUAUUACAGAUUAUCAAUGGGCACUAGGAACCGUGCAAGGUGGAACCCAGAUUCGGUCGUUCACAAGUGUUGGUAGAAAUCAGCAAGCUACUGCAUCCGGUCUAAAAUUAGCCCAUAAUACACUAAUAUACCUGACCGUGAUGUCAACCAAUGGUGCCGGACUGACAACUGUCAGCCAGUCAGAGAGUAUUGUUGUUGAUAUGACUCCACCAAUAAUAUCAGAGAUAAACGAUGGUAUAGAGAAUGAUGUAAAUUUCCAGCUGACCAAACUUAUAUCAGUUAAUUGGAAAGUAGGAGAUCCAGAAUCAGGAGUAGAAUAUUGUCAAUGGGCUAUAGGUUCAACGCACGGCGGUGUUGAUAUACAGCCAUUUACUCCUGUACCAGAUAAACAAUCAUUUGCUCAAGUACAACUCAGUGUUGAUCAAAUACAGAACUCUAAACAAGUUUAUUCUACUGUAAGAUGUUAUAAUAAAGCUGGAUUGCCAACUACAGCUACUACUGAUGGCGUUCUGGUUAUAAUCAAAAUGGCUGCCAUAGCAGACGGUCAGAUCGCCAUUCAUAAAGAUGGAAUAUCUGCAUAUUCGGUGAAGGAUGAUUGUUAUCCAUUGACUGAUAGAUUACGAUUAAAAUGGGAUUUAGAAAAUACCAGAAUUGAUACCAAGUCUAUACAGGUAUCAGUGUAUGGUCCAGGUUAUAAUUUAGAUAAAGAAGUUCGAGUUACAGAGAUUAGUUAUAAUCAGGCUAAAUUAAGAAGUUUAUCACUACAACCUAACUCUAUCUAUAAUGUUAGUGUUUCUACUAUUAAUGUAUUAGGAAGACAAGACAAUUCUUUAUCAACAGUAAUAUCAUCUGUAGCACAACCACCAAUUUUACAAGCGGGUUCAAAAUUACUAAUUGCCAGAUCAUUUGAUGGUAAAUCAUUGGAAAUGUCAUGGAGAGAUUUAUUUGCGUCCCCAUGGAAGAACCUGUAUUAUGAAGUCAGUUUAGGAACUUCGCCAGGAGGAGCGGAUGUUAUACAAUGGCAAGAGACAAAAGUUGCUUCCCUUACCAUCGAGAUGCCUGAUAUAUCGAAGUUACCAAGAAUAUAUUUAACAAUAACAGCUGUGGACCCAUGCGGUCUUUUCCUACAUUAUAAUCGUACCGUUGUACUUUAACAUACCGAUAUUAUUAUUUCAAAAUAUCUAUGUUAGAUUCUGGUUAUAUUGUUUAUAACUCCGCUAUCCACUGCAAAUAACUAUUGUAGAUUCUUCUAGAAUGUUUAUACAAUAUUACCUACAGCAAAUAACUGUGAUAUUUUUCCUCAAUCUAUUUUAAAAAUGUAUUUAACACACUGCUGUCAAUCUUUAUAAUUUAUUCCUACAUUUUUAUACAAUAGAUAUAUAAAUAUUAACACCCAAAUUGUGGCAGCUGUAUAUAGUAAUCCUAUAUUAUGUUUAUAUCUAUUGAACAACUUCGGUUAGUAUUUCCUACCUGUUUAGAGGCGAUCUAGAUUAGUUCUGCGGUUGUCCACCGGGUUUCAAGCGUUUGAUGUCUCUCCAUAGAGUAGUUAAGAGUAUAUAUUCCACGGGGUGUCAAGCGAAUGCAAACCUUAACUAUAAUAUAUAGUACGUUCACGGGAUGCCAUGAGGGAGAAAUCAGCUCCUAGCAUAGUUUCUGGAUGUCAAUUACGUAACAAGUAUAGUUGUCUAAGUGUCAACUAUUUACCUAUAGUAGUCCACGUGGUGGCCCUGUUCAUGGAAACCUGCUCAUGCAGUGGGACCACGUCGAUUGGGCUGUGCAAUCUGACUACUGGUAUUAUGAAGUCAGUUUAGGAACUUCGCCGGGAGGAGCGGACGUUAUACAAUGGCAAGAGACAACAGUUGCCUCUCUUACCAUCGAGAUGCCUGAUGUAUCGAAAUUACCAAAAUUAUAUUUAACAAUAACAGCUGUGGACCCUUGCGGUCUUUCCCUACAUUAUAAUCACAACAUUGUACUUUGACAUAUGGAUUGUUUCUAUAAUAUUUACAUUUAAAACUCCAUUCCCUGCUGUAAAUAACUGUGAUUUGCUUCCUCAAUUUAUUUUAAAAAUAUAUAUUUAGAAGACUGUUGUCAA